AAGCGAUUCGUGUAACUGACGUCAUCAACCCGUGUGUCAUCUUGAACCAUAUUAUAACCGCGGCACAUAACACAGAAAUUUUGGUUAUUCGCUUGGAUUUGAUUCAUGUCAAUUUCUUAAUAUUUCACAAGGGUGCGGCAUAGGAUGGCAAAAUUAGCAUAUUCCUGUCAAUUGUCAAAUCUGUUUUUACUCCUGUCCUCUGUCCGUCUCUCCUCUUUCCUCUAUGUCAAAUUUGUCAAACAAGUUGUCAUAAUUUGGAAUUUAUGAAAAAGUGAAGGUUUAGAUUUUUUACGUAUUUAUUUUUUGGGUGUGCGUAUGGUACUGAUUUGGUGUAUAGGGUACGGUUAGCAGCUCGAUUCAUUGUUUUUGACUUUGAACUAAGUCAAAAAUGUCUGAACAUGUGGAAAGCCAUUUGGAAUCCAUGUCUGCUGAAUUCAUGGAAAUGAAAAGAAUAAGGUUAUUUUCUUCGGACGAAAUAAGAUUAAUUCUCAAAACUCGGAAACAGCACGAGUAUAAAAUAAAUGGCGUAACAAAAAAACUAGAAGACUUUAUGAACUAUAUAAUGUAUGAAAAGGCAGUUUUGAGAGACAUACGAAUAAGACGGAACAAAUUGAGAAUAGUAGACAAGAAAGGAGCCAUAGAAUAUUCAAUAACGAAGAGGAUCAAACAUUUGUAUGAAAUCGCCAUCCAGAAUUAUUCUAAUGAUUUUCCAUUAUGUUUAUCAUACUUUAAGUUCUGUAAAGAAGCUAAUUUCCACCAGAGAGCAUCACUAAUUAUACAAAGUAUUACUAAGAGAUUCACCCACAUCCCAGAGACAUGGCAAGUAGCAGCAUCAUGGUAUCUGAAAAAUGACUUGAACCAAGCUCUAAAUAUGAUCCACAAAGGUAUCACACACCAUAAAGAUAACCAAGAUCUAUAUUGUGAGGCAAUACAGUUGGAAUUGCAUAAUAGGGACAAAAACAACUCCAAUGAGGGAUCUCAGUUUCAACAACCCACUGCCUCAGAUGUAAAUUCAUGCAAAAAAAUUUCCACCUAUGUAGAUGCUGCUUGUGAACACAUCAAUGAUUACAAUUUUUUGCUGAAAAUUCUUUCGAUAUUGGAGAAACACCCUUUCACAAAAGAAGUCCAAGUUAGCAUAGUUGCCAGAUUAUUAGAGAAACAUUCUGGAGAAGAAAAUGUUUGGAAUGCACUAGCUCAAAGGGAAUAUAGGGGUCAUCAUUACAAAGUGCCACCAGAGCUUUCAAAGUGUAACUCUCACAAAUUCCGUCUGAAACGCUGCCUGGAUAAAUAUGAAGAAGGUAUAGCAGUGAUGGAGAAAGAGCAUCCAACCAAAGUUGAUUUGUUGUGGGGCAUCUGUCUUGACUGGUUGGUAGAUAAAUAUCAAUGUCAGAGACAGGGGAAUGUCGUUAAUCAAACUUAUGUGCUUGAUAUGUUUGAGAAGGCUUCUAAAAGUAGCAUUUUGGAAGAGAAAUACUAUAUUAUCUGGGCUAAACUUUUGGAUGAUGAAAAAAAAGUAUUGGAAGUUAUAGAGAAUGGUUUGAAGGAAAGUCCAACCUCUUUGGAACUAUGGAAACUCCGCCUGAAGUACUCGGCUAUGAAAAACGAUGUAAAAGAAUUUAACAACUGCUUCAAAGAAGGUGUAAAACGGGUCAAAGAGAAAUCUGCCCCACUUUGGGUAGCAGCUUUGAGGUUCCAUAGUUUGAACUCCAACGUAGAAAUUGUAGAGGCAAUUUUCAAAAAAGCAGUAGAACAGCCGAAUGAAGUGUCUGGUGUCCUAAAACCUGAGUAUAUUGAAUGGUUGACUUUGCAUUGGGGCAUCAAUGAAGCAAGAAACAUGUAUUUGAAACUAGCUAGACAACAACCUUACUGUAAGGAGCUUCAUAAUGUCAUGGCUAAAAUUGAGAAUAUAGAAAUUGAUAUAGAUUUGAAAAGACUGGAAAACGUAUAUAAACUGGCAUGUGAGCAGUUUGGACAUGAAGAUUGUGAUGUUUGGGUCAAUCAAGUGGAGUUUUAUUAUAAGCACCGAGAUGGAUUGAUACAACUUAAUAGUAAUUUUGAUAUAAGUGAGUCAGUUUUAGCAGUCUAUAAGGAAGCAGCGAAGAAGUUAGAAGGACAGGGUUUUUUGUGGGCAGAUUUCACAGAGAAAUUCAAACGCAUCUCAGAAUAGCCGCCUUUAGAUAUUAGUUUUACCAUAUAUUUUAUUAUUGUAAUGUAAUGGUUUUAAUAAAACAUUUUUCCUAUUUAA